CCAAAUGAGUGGCAGUUCGCUUUCGACCACGUCAUAUCGGAUCCUGAUGGGCGGGCCCAAUUUACAAAAUUCCUUCAGUCCGAGUAUUCCGAGGAAAAUAUACUAUUCUGGUGGGCUGUCGAAGAACUGAAAGCAGUCUGUGCAUCGGAUUCACGACAUGAAUUCGAGCGAACCGUGUUGGAGAUGUUCGAGACGUUUAUCGCCUCUGAAAGUCCGCUGGCAAUUAAUAUCGAUCAUGAUACACGGACUGAUAUUAUGGAUCGAGUUGAGAAUCAAGAUCCUUCAUCAUUCCCGAAUAACAUUUACGAACGGGCACAGGCUCAUGUCUAUCGGCUGAUGGAAAAGGAUUGCUUCUCCCGUUUCGUGCACACACCUGCCUACAAAGAGGUGGCAAAGAAGAUGGGUUUACCGCAAACAUUUCGAUUCAACGAAAAAAUCACACCGUCAUGA